UUACAACAACGCCUUCACUGGACUCGCGACCUCUUCAUAUUGUUGUCCGGCGCCAUCUACCGUCCAAGCCCCCAUAAACACAAACACCAUUCGCCAUUCGUGAUCAACGUCCAACCUAGACGUGCCCCGCGCUAGUUUCCCCAUAACACUACCGCCUGUACACUAUUCCACCAUUGGCCUCUCUUCAACAGUACUCCUACGCCUCCCUAGACACGCCCUCUGGAAUAUCUGUUAGUUCUUGGGAAGGCAUAAGAGAUGAGCAACGCGGACUUCUUGGGCCGCGCCAUUGAGACGGUCAAGAAGGCCAUCGAGACUGACACUGCUGGGGAAUAUGAGAAGGCAUAUCAGCUAUACUACAGUGCUCUUGAGCUAUUCAUGCUCGCCCUAAAAUGGGAGAAGAACCAGAAAUCGAAGGAGAUGAUUCGGGGCAAAGUGGCUGAGUACAUGGAACGCGCCGAGAAGCUCAAGUCGCACCUAAACCAAAACGACCCCUCGAACCGCAAGAAGCCCUCGGCCAUGGGCGCAAACGGAAAAGCUUCUGGGGGAAGCGGGAAGGGAAAGGGCGACGAUGACGACGAUGAGCAGGACCCCGACGCCAAGAAACUCCGCGGUGCGCUCGCCGGUGCAAUCCUCUCCGAGAAACCGAACAUUCGGUGGGAAGAUGUUGCGGGUUUGGAUCAGGCGAAGGAGGCACUGAAGGAGGCUGUCAUAUUACCCAUCAAGUUCCCACAUCUCUUCACUGGCAAAAGGCAGCCGUGGAAGGGCAUAUUAUUGUACGGGCCACCUGGUACAGGUAAGAGUUACCUGGCAAAAGCGGUGGCAACAGAGGCGAACAGCACCUUCUUCAGUGUGUCGAGCUCGGAUCUAGUCAGCAAAUGGAUGGGAGAGUCAGAAAGAUUGGUGAAGCAGCUCUUCGGAAUGGCCCGCGAAAACAAGCCCUCUAUCAUCUUCAUCGACGAAAUCGACGCUCUCUGCGGGCCCCGCGGCGAAGGCGAAUCCGAAGCCUCACGACGCAUCAAAACUGAAUUGCUCGUACAAAUGGACGGCGUCGGCAAGGACUCGAAAGGCGUGCUCAUCCUCGGCGCAACCAACAUCCCCUGGCAACUUGACGCUGCCAUUCGCCGACGCUUCCAGCGGAGAGUACACAUCAGCUUACCCGAUUUCCCGGCGCGCAUGAAGAUGUUUGAGUUGGCGGUGGGUAACACGCCCUGUGAGUUGACGCAGACGGACUAUAAGAAGCUGGGCGAAUUGAGUGAGGGUUAUUCGGGGAGUGAUAUCAGUAUUGCGGUGCAGGAUGCGCUGAUGCAGCCUGUGAGGUUGAUUCAGACAGCUACACAUUACAAGCCCAUCACCACAGAAGACGGCCAACACAAAUGGACACCCUGCUCCCCCGGUGACCCUCAAGCCAAAGAAAUGUCCUGGACAGACCUCGACGGUGACCAGCUAGCAGAACCACCUCUCCGCGUUAAGGACUUUGUCAAAGCGAUAAAAGCAUCGAGACCAACCGUCAGCAAAGCCGAUCUCGAUAGGAACGCGGAGUGGACCGCAGAGUUUGGCAGUGAGGGGGCUUAGCGUGUGUAUAUUGCGCUGCAUCAUUGGAGUAAAUAUAGGAAACUGAAGGUUAGAGAGACGGAGAGGGGUGGAUAGGGGAAUGUGAUUUUCGAUUUAUCUUGUCUGUCCGGCAUCAUAGCGGUCCCUGUGUUGUUUUGAGCGGGAAACGGCGUCUUGGCGAGAUAUCGAUCAAUCGAGUGGGAGGCAGAUUGGGGCAUUGGAAUUUACCGGGCCCGGUAAAACAAAUGCAGAUACUACUUCCUUAUGUCUCGGGCGACCUGCCGAUGACAAACCACCAAACAAACAUUCCUAGAUAGGCAAGAGAUAACUACUUCCACCGAUCACCGAUAGUUUCUCAUCUG